GUCUUCUCGACGGGUCGUCUUAGCAGAUCUGAAGCGUUUCAUUUUCUGUGCCAUUUUAGACAAUUAUACAUAAACCUUAGCCUCUGUUUUCGCAACGGAUCUGGUGGAAUAUAAACCGUCUUUCGUUUUGUUUUUGAAUUCUCAUAUUGGGUUUGUUUUCUUUUCCUUUUUUAUUUUCUUUUAACCUUUGAUCAAAUUUGGUUAAUUCAUGUGAGCUGUUCUUCUUGGCGAGGUUUUCCGUUGAAAACCAAUAUUUGAGCAAUUUAUUCUACUUAAGUCCGUAGCAAAAAGUUCUAAAUUUUGGGGAGUUUUGUCUCUUUUCUCCCCAUGAAUCGGAGGAAAUCUCGGUUCUUUUCUAGGUCUGAAUCUCAGAUCUGCUAUUAGAGUACGCAAAUCUUGUGGCUUUCUGUUUCUGUGCUGAGAAAACGGGGCUAACUUUUUGGUUUUGAACUGUUAGUUUGUUUUGGUUAUCAACAAUUUUAGAUUUGGAGCUCAGCUAUCUCCAAAUAUUGAUAUUGUUGUUCUGUAUAAUAUAUAUUUCACGUUUUCUCGGUAACUAUAUGGGUUUAGAUGGAAAUUAAUCAAAGUUUGUCCUUUUACCGAGAUUCAAAACUUUUUGUAAAUAAUUGUCUUAUUUUAUUUGUGAUAUUUGUUAAAUAGGCAUUUAUCUGUGAUCUUCGGAUCCGUUCAAAGAUGAAUCACUUUAACCUUCAGCAGAACGCCUUUGCAGUUGGCAGUGAAGAGAUGAGGGGCUCUGUUUCGAUCUCUGAUCUGAAGGGUCCAAUUGUCUGCCCAAAGCCUAGGCGUGUUGGGGUUUUGGCUAACAAUCCUGUGAGGCCCUUGAGAUGGCACAUGAGUCAUCAAGCAGAAGUUUGUGAUUCGAAGGCCGGAGCAGAGCUUCUUGAUCUCAUUCUCAUGAAGGAGGGUCGUGGGCCAGAGCAAUCUCCAACCCAUUUUGCCUCGUCACCGCCAUAUUUUGUUGGGUCUCCUCCAAGCAGAUCCGCCAACCCAUUAAUCCAAGAUGCUCGAUUUGGAGAUGAAAAGAUCACUCCUAUUUCACCAUUGUCAAUACCAUCUCCUUCCGGGGUUUCGUCUCCAUCAUCAUCUUCACGCAAAGGAGGGUGUGCUAGAAUGCAGUUUGGACUGAAACCAGCCACAGUUAGAGUAGAAGGUUUUGAUUGCCUUAACAGGGAUCGCCAAAAUUCCAGCAUCCCUGCUGUCGCAUAGAACCCCAUCACAGGAAGUGUACAUAGAAGAAGCUAAAUGCCAUCAGAAUUCAUAAACACAGUCGAUGUAACAAGAGAAGGGAAUUUUGCAUAUUUUUGGAGAGCAUUAAAGAUCUUCUGUUAGUAGGUCAUGUAUAUAUACCAUAUGUUUUUGUUGGUGAUCAUCUCAUUGCGAAUAUCUCUGUAAUUAGCUUGGUUGAACACGAAGGAGACAGCAAACCUUGUGUUGUCAAGCAAGGGUUUGAAUUAUGUUGGUAGUGCACGGUUGUUUUCUGUAAUAGUAGAAGAUGGGCUAGUUUGGAGGGGGAGGGGUUGGGGGUUUUGAGUGUCCUAAUUUUUUAGGUGAUCGCCACGAAAAGUUCUGUAUAGAGGCGGAUGGUGAUUUAUUUUUGGUCUUUUACCCUGUAAAUUUCUUUGGUAAUUCCUAAUGAUAUUGUCUAGUUCUUA